UGCGCGCGUGGCGCCGGGGCUGGCGUGCCGGGAAGCGGGCAGGCAGAGGCGCGGACCAGCUCUCGGGGAAGCACCUCUCCCCACGCCGGUGGUCACUGAUGCCCAGACUGCACGACCACUUGUGGGGCUGCUCCUAUCCCAACAGUGCGAGGCACCAGAGCCCCCCAAGAGCCCGCGCCGCAGGGCUGGCGGCAAGGACCGGAGACAUGAGCGGUUCCCCCGGGGCUGGUCCCUCCCUGCGGGUGGCCCACGGUGCCCCGGACGCCGAUCGGAGCGCUGGGACGAGUGACCGCCGCGGCGGCCACCCCAGCAGUUGGCAUCAUCACUUGGUGCAGAGGGGCGUUGUGCUCUUCUUGGUCGGGGUGGUCCUCGCCCUGGUGCUCAACUUGCUGCAGAUCCAGAGGAAUGUGACCCUCUUCCCAGAGGAGGUGAUUGCCACCAUCUUCUCCUCCGCCUGGUGGGUCCCUCCGUGCUGCGGGACGGCGGCAGCUGUUGUUGGCUUGCUGUACCCCUGCAUCGACAGUCACCUUGGAGAACCCCACAAGUUUAAAAGAGAGUGGGCCAGCGUCAUGCGCUGCAUAGCAGUCUUUGUGGGCAUCAACCACGCCAGUGCUAAACUGGAUUUUGCCAAUAAUGUUCAGUUGUCCCUGACGUUGGCAGCCCUGUCCCUGGGCCUUUGGUGGACGUUUGACCGCUCCAGAAGUGGCCUUGGCCUUGGGAUCACCAUAGCCUUUCUGGCCACUCUGAUUACACAGUUCCUCGUGUAUAAUGGGGUCUAUCAGUACACGUCUCCAGAUUUCCUCUAUAUUCGGUCUUGGCUUCCAUGUAUAUUUUUCUCAGGUGGCGUCACCGUGGGAAACAUAGGACGACAGUUAGCAAUGGGCGUUCCUGAAAAGCCACACAGCGAUUGAAUCUUCAAACCCACUGAUGCUGAGGAGGGAGCAAGAUUGGAGAAGAUAAUCUGUGAUAACAGAUUCUCACAAAGAUGAGCUUUUUCCUAAAUAAUCUGUUGAGAUCGGGCUGACAAUACGAAUGACUCCUGGAGAAAAAUAUUCACGUGGUCUAGCAUAGCGAAGUGGAGGCAAGAACUGCUCCCCUGGAAGUCCUUCCCUUGAGCAGCGGUGCUGGUGCCAGAAGCGCUCUGGAACGCUCCAUCCCAGGCUGCGUGCAGGAGUUCAGGCAGGGGGCAGUGUCCCAGUAUUAGAUUGCAUCCAUGUCAUUAAAAACAAGUUGCCAUAUUUGAAAGCCUUGAACUAAAACUUAAUCACCAACUAUCAGUCUUGUAUCGUUGUCCGAAGGGAUAGGAUGAUGGUGCUUAACAAAGAUGAAGUAUGGUGUAAUAGGAAUAUUUAUCCAAAAUGUUUUUGUUUUUUUUUUUAAAUAGGGUUGUGUAAAAAAAAAACAAAAAAACAAAAACAGAAGCCAGCAGCAGGGGCAGGGAGGCUGCGCUCGAGCGGGGCAUGGCUGGGCAGCAUCUCACAGCCCCACUCGCGUUGUGCUGCGCUGGCGGGCUGAUGUCCCACGCGGUGUCUAGCAUGAAGUGUGAACUGUGCUUUUCAUUCCACCUGUGGAACUUUGUAGAGACAAUCUUACUGAGAGCAAACAGCCGUGGGAAGCCGUGAUGCCACACUGUGUUAUCUUGAGAGUCUCACCUCCAUUUAUGAAGUUUUAUCCAAAAUCCAGAAUCGUCUAAGAGUGAAUACCUGUCAGCCAUGUGUUUCAAUCUUAGCCGAAAUUGUUUCUGGUACUCCAAAACAGAGAUGACUAUUUUUUUUUUUUUCCACAGCCCUAUGGAAUCUGCAAUCUGUGAUUGCCUUGUAAAAAGAAUACAUAUGUCACUGCAUUAAACAUGUGGUGUUUCUAAAUAUUCAAUGAUAUUGGUGAGCACAAUGUAUUGAUUUAAUGGCAUAGACCAUGUUAGACCUAAUUUGCAAGUAUUGGGUCUUAAACUUCAAGUGCAAUGUUUAUGAAAACCAAUCUGAGCCUUGUAUUAAAUAUUUAUUUUUUUGUAACGUCUGAGAUGUCCGAGGGACGGGUUCUCCAUUCAUUUCAGUACUGCAUGGAGGCAAAGCACAGCAAUAAUUUCUUUCGGUUGUAAAGAUCUUUAUGGUCAUACCCUGCAGUGGACCCUUGGGAAUAACUCCAGUUUCGUGGGUUGAGUAAUUUUUAACUUGCAAAUUUGCCUUCUUGUAUUUUGCAGUUUCGAUGUUUUUGAUUUGUUCUAAAUUCUGUGGAAGUGGCUUGAUCAUGAGACUUCUUUUAAAUAGAAGUCCCCAGUCAGCAGAAUAGAAACUCAGCCUGACUCACCAGUGGGUGUUGACAUAGGUAUGUGGUUUCAUUCGUGUGAUAAUCUUUUGGGAUUUUUAGUUUUUUGAGGAAAAUAUCUCAGAGUGAUUUUCAUGUUACUGAAGCGAAUUUGUUUUAGUAAAGACUUUUGUUUGGAAGGAAAUGGAUCAGGCUAUACUUGGGCAUGACCCAGACAAGUUAUUAGAUGAAAACAGUAAGUGAAUCUUUGCAAUAUACUUGAUCAUACAACAAACAAUAAGUAUUUUUUUUUCUCUUAAACUGGAAGUAAAUCUGUUAGAAAUAAUGUAGCCAAAAAAAAAAUGUGAAUCUGAAGAAUUGUUUUUUUUUUUUUUUGCCAAUAGUUUAGAGCAAAUAUAUGAACCAAAGUGAUUGGAGUUUGUAAAAAUGUAAAAUAGUAUAACAAUUUGCACUAUUCUCAAAUUUGAAUAUCUAGUGAGAUUCACAGUCAUACUAAGUUUUCAAUGUUGUGUUCUUUUUUUGCAUUCAUUUUUUUACUUUUAUUAAAGGUUCAAAACCAA